AUGAUCAAAUUUUCGCCGUAUCUGUGCGUGGUGUCGGAGGAAACGAUGAGCAAUGCCGAUUUACACCCGCCGGUGCCACACAAUGAAAUGUUGCAUAUUUAUACGCUUGAUAGCGGUGGAUCGCAGAUGACAUUGCCCAGCUUAGUUGGACCGCUGACGCCGUUGACGCCUAUCGAGCAGGUGGCCAAUCAGCUGAAUGACCUACAAGCGGUCGUGCCGCCAUUAUCUUACUUCGAGAAUAUAAUACAGGAUCACAUGGGAUCGAAUAUAGGCAACGCACCAAGCGCCAGCUCGCCUAUUUCGAAAAAUAUGCGCCACACCAACGGUUGGGACUACAAACUGCAAUCGCCUUUCGCACAUCGAAAAAUUUCGGGCGACAGCUCACAACCGGCUCUACAGAUAGCCAAUCUUUCGUCGAGUACGGCACAACAACAACGCUUUAAGCCGCCUCAGCUGUUGACAACAUUUGUGCCGGCGGCAGGUAAUGCAAGCUCGUCUAACUCGACCGGUUUUACGGUAACAGCGCCGAGUGUGCAGAGCCAGCCAAAUACGUCCACAAUAGAAACAGUCGCAAUCACGACAACGCCUGUGAAUGUGCCAUCGACACUAAGUAGCCCAAAGCACUUCUUUGCGCCACUUAAACCCCGGCUGAAACUCAACACAGAUUUGGCUAAUAAAACCACGAACAACACCAACGUGCCUGGGGUACCACCCCUAAGUUCCAAUCCAACAACAGCGGCGGUCGAUGUUGAAGCAAAUGCCUGUCAAAAUUGCGACCCGCCUGACCUCUAUGUACACAACGGUGUGGCUUCGCCUUACCAGCGUCAAAUAGCGACCGCAACGAGUGCGGCCCAUGCGGUGCCACCGCCAGUGCCUCAACGUGGCAGCUCCUCUCAAGUAAGUCCCCAGCAUCGCGCUCGCGCGCAUCACCAACACCAAUAUAUGCAGGAGUGGCAGCAGCAGCAGUCGAACAUGCGUCAACAUUUACAUCCGCACCAGUAUUCGCAUCAGUACCAGCAGCAGCACCAGCGGCCACUGCAACAGCAACACUCGCAGCUGCAUUCAGCUGUUGGGCUACCGCAAUCGGUUGUCACCAUCACGGUGACCGUAGAUGAUGCUGAUGAGGUCGCCGCCGGUGCUGAUACUGUUGCCGCUAGCGGUACUGAUGCGGCUGUUGCUGCCACUGCAGUGCCUAACAAUUUGGCAGUGAAGGGUAACCGCGCCCCAUCGGCGGCAUUAAUUAACUCGCCACUUUCACUGCAAGCAUCGCUUUAUGCCACGGCAACAAUACCAGUCCUGCAAUCGCCUGCCGCUAUGCCAGCGGUUUUUGUUGCACAACCUAACACUGUAAUAACUAAGUUAAGUGAGCCAAUUUAUGCUACCGCACAAAAGCGCAGUAAGAGCCUAAUUACCGCACCAGCGCUCACCAAACCUCUGGUGGCGGCUAUCAUCACCCCUACCAAGCGUCCAACGCCAACAACAUCAAACAAAAGUAGUGCGACAGCAACGCCAGUUCACUCGCCGAUACCAGUGCCUACGCCAACAUCGGCGCCAAAAGCAAUGCUUGUGGAUGGUCACAGCCAG